CGUUUUCAUUGGUUUCUCCACCUGCCAAGCAUCCCGAAAACGCCCCUAUGUCUGUUUGGUUGUCUCUUUCUCCUUCUCUUUCUCUCCGAGUCGCGGCGGUGGGUCGGAGCCGCUGUCCCCCCGAUUAGGCACGUUCCCUCUUAAAAAAAAUUCCACUUAAAAUUCGGAUUCCCUUUUUCCAAAACUCCCCUCCAAAUUGCAACUUUCUUCAAACACCCACGUUCAAUUCGGGCACCCCUUUACGUUAAAUCUGUGAGCAGACCCCCCCCAAAAAGAUGGCGGUGGUGAGCGGGGUGUCGGGGCCGGCGGUCGCCCGGCUCGAGGGCCGAGAAUUCGAAUACCUGAUGAAGAAGCGCUCGGUGACCAUCGGGCGGAACUCGUCGCAGGGCUCCGUGGACGUGAGCAUGGGCCAUUCGAGCUUCAUCUCCCGCCGACACCUGGAGAUUUUCACCGCCGGCGAGGACGGCGCCGGCGGCGGAGACUUUUAUUUGCGGUGCCUGGGCAAAAACGGAGUGUUUGUGGACGGCGUGUUCCAGAGGCGGGGGGCUCCUCCUCUGCAGCUCCCGCGAGUGUGCACAUUUAGGUUUCCCAGCACAAACAUCAAGAUCACGUUCACGGCUCUAUCGAGCGACAAGAAGGAGAGACGAGAAGCUCCCGAGUCGCCGGUGAAGCCGGUCCAGCCCCAGAUAUCGCCCCUAACCAUAAACAUUCCAGACAACAUCGCCCACUUGAUGAGCCCCCUUCCGUCUCCCACCGGAACCAUCAGUGCUGCCAAUUCCUGCCCAUCCAGUCCUCGGGGAGCGGGGUCUUCCGGCUACAGGGUGGGCCGCGUGCUAAGCUCCGACCUGCCGCUCAUUGGGGACAACUCCCAGUCGGAGAAUGACAAGGAAGCAUCGGGCGGGGACAGUCCCAAGGAUGACUCCAAACCACCGUACUCGUACGCACAGUUAAUAGUACAAGCUAUAACCAUGGCCCAAGACAAACAGCUCACACUGAAUGGAAUAUACACCCACAUCACCAAAAACUACCCCUACUAUAGGACAGCGGACAAGGGCUGGCAGAACUCGAUCCGCCACAAUCUGUCACUGAACCGCUACUUUAUUAAAGUGCCCCGAUCCCAGGAGGAACCGGGCAAGGGCUCCUUUUGGAGGAUAGACCCGGCCUCGGAGAGCAAGCUCAUAGAGCAAGCCUUCCGCAAGCGCAGGCCCCGGGGCGUCCCCUGUUUCCGAACCCCCCUCGGGCCGCUGUCCUCCAGGAGUGCUCCAGCCUCCCCCAACCACUCCGGGGUGCUCUCUGCACACUCCAGUGGGGUGCAGACCCCGGACAGUCUGUCUCGGGAGGGCUCCCCUGUCCCUGUAGAGGCAGAGACUCCCCCCGCCCCCGCCCCAACCCCCACCACCACAGCCACCAGCACAGCUGUCCAGCCCAAGCUGGCUGUGAUACAGGAGGCCCGCUUUGCCCAGAGUGCGCCUGGUUCACCGCUGAACAGCCAGCCAGUUCUUAUUACAGUCCAGCGGCAGUUACCCCAGACCAUCAAGCCAGUGACCUACGCGGUGGCCGCACCCGUGACCACCUCGACCUCCCAGCAGCCCGUCAUGCAGACGGUUCAUGUUGUCCACCAGAUCCCGGCCGUGUCGGUCACCACCGUGGCGGAGCUCACAGCUGCCAGCACCUACACCGUCGCCGGCCAGGCCAUUGUCACCCAGGCCGCCGUGGUGAGCCCACCCAAAGCGGAACCGGAAGAAAAUGGCGAGCAUAAAGAAGUGAAAGUGAAAGUAGAACCUGUUCCCGCAAUCAGCCACGCUUCGAUAGGGGCGGCCGGCCGCAUCAUCCAGAGCUCGCAGGCCGCCCCUCUACAGACUGUUACCAUUGUGCAGCAGGCCCCCCUGGGUCAGCACCAGCUGCCCGUGAAGACCAUCACACAGAACGGCACUCACGUAGUGCCCAUCACCACUGCCAUCCAAGGACAGGUCAACGCAGCUGUUGCGAGUCCGCUGCACAUGCUGGCCACCCACGCAUCCGCCUCCGCCUCGCUUCCCACGAAGAGGCAGAACGGCGACCAGGCCGAGCAGCCGGAGCUGAAGCGGCUCAAGAGCGAGGAGGGAGAAAGCAUAGUGAUCGCGGUGAACACAGACAGGCCAGCGGCUGCAGCGACGGUUAGCGAACAGGCCAGUCAGAACUAGAGCCCCGUCCUGCCCUUACUUUUACUUUUUUCCCUUUUUUUUUUUCUUUUUUUUCCCCACCCCUUCCUUUUUCUUUUUUCCUUUUUUUUUUUUUCUCUCUUCCAUGUACUCCAAGGUGCCAAAAGGAGAAGAAUGCAAGUUAACCCAUCUCUGAACUUUGGAAUGUGUUACUGCCCAAGGGGUUUAAAAGAAGAAAAAAAUCCACACAUAUAUAAAUUGAAGAAAAGAAAUCAUUUGGCCCUGGGGGGGGGGAGACUACAACUAAAAAUAGAACAUGGCAGGAAGCCUUUUCUUUAAAAGGAAGGAAAAAAAAAAAAAAAAACAAAAUCCAUCUCGACUCCAGAAGAAACCAGGUGUGCGGACUGAGGCCCACGUCUCCAGGCUGUGCUGCAGCUCUGCUACAUCUACCUCGGUGCAGGCUGGGACCGGGGGCAGCGGGAGGGGCAGCGGGAGGGGCA